AUUGCAUCUUGGGAGUUUGUACAUGGGGAGGGGAGGUGAAAAUCAGCAGUCAGCCGAGAUUUAACCAGAAUUGGGCUAUUUGCAAAAGCAGAGCCGAGAUACCACCCUCCCUCUUUAGACCAGUACUUCCCAGCCCCUUCUUGAGGCAGUCGCUCUCCGACGCUGUAUCCUUCCCCAUCCGACUGCAGGCGGAGACUACCGAGCUGUAAUAGCGGCGCUCGUCAGGGCCAGUACCAGGCCCCAGAGAUCGAGAUCACGGCCCCACACCUCACAUUCUGGCUUCUGAGGUGUUCGCGUGAGCCCCUAACCCCCUUCCGCCACACCAUCCUGUACACAAUUCGGGGCGCAAGUUGGUUUUAUUGGGAGAGACUUAAGACUGUCAAAGGCCUGGUGAACAUAGAGGAAUUCAGAUGAGCUUCGAAAAAAAAAUUUUUUUUUAAACCAAGACAAACGUCUUUAAAUGCUCAGUAAAAGCCCUAACACGGGCACCUGGGUACCGGUAGAGAUCACAGGGAGAGAGGUGGGAGACGCCUGGAGUUAGAAGUCCAGCCCCGGUGGGAAGGUCUGAGUAAGGAGCCGCCCACAAGGAGCUCCAGGUUCAGGGCUGGGGUGUGGGGUCGCUCAGGUACAGAAACUCGUCAGAAACUAGGCGGAGCGUGAGUCAGCGCUGCCCAAGGGGCUCUCCGCCCCUUGGGAGGUGGGUCGUAGUUAGGCUCCGUACUAGAGAAGGGCAGAAGAAACUGGGCCAAGCCGCACUUUUACCUCGAGGGGCCUCGAGGACUCUCCGCGUCUCUGGAGACAAGGGCACUACAAGCACUUCAAGAUGAAGAGUUCGCGCCUCCUGAGGAAAGAGAACUCCGUGUUCCGUUGCGGAGCCGGACGCCUGCAUUGGGAAGCAGGGCAAAUCAAGGCUGGGAAAUGGGACCCCUAGGUCACGGCUGCCGCAGGGCCUGAAGAGGCCUUCUCUCAAUUUCCCAGGACACCUUUGCGGCUUCUUCCUCUCCCCGCGAUCUAAAUGGAUCACUCCGCCUAUUCCCUCCCCCUCGCCCCCAGCUCCCCCGCUCUUAGGGCGCAAUGGAUUGUUCCAUUGCCCCUCCAGUCUGCGGCCAGCGUUGCGGGGGACGCUGGCAAGGUUGCUAGGGAAAGCCCCGGACGUGACGGCUAAAUGCGACCCUGAGCAGCCUCCCUUCUCCUGUCCGUCAUUCCCCUGCGCGCGUUCUCCUUACACCCUUGCCCUCCCCCACGUGGGUUCCAAGCUGGGGAGAAGUAAACAGCAGGCGGAGCGGGGCUCGCGGAUCCAGGCCAGGUGGGAGUUUGCACUCUUCCAGGGUCCUACGCUGCUGCUCUGGGUUCUUUCUUGCAAAUCUUCAGUCUUGCAUGACUGGGAUGAUCCAUUAGGAAGCUCCUGGCCUCGGGACCGAGUCCCCACUGCGUUGGGGGCGGGGCUUGGUUGCGCGUCAGUGCGUCUGCAGCGUGGUGGGGGUGUGUGUUUGUGGAGAGGACUGGAGUAAAAGCGGGAGUAUGCUGGGGCUCCCGGGGCGGCGGCUCCCUUCGGCGGAGUUCCUGCUCCUGUUGCCAUUGCUGCUGCUGCCGCUGCUGCUGCUGCUGCUGCCCGCCGCCCCUGCGCCCCAUCGGGCUGCCUACAAGCCGGUCAUAGUGGUGCACGGGCUCUUUGACAGUUCGUACAGCUUCCGCCAUCUGCUGGAAUACAUCAAUGAGACCCACCCUGGGACUGCGGUGACAGUGCUCGAUCUCUUCGAUGGGAGAGAGAGUUUGCGACCCCUGUGGGAACAGGUGCAAGGGUUCCGAGAGGCUGUGGCUCCCAUCAUGGCAAAGGCUCUUCAAGGGGUGCACCUCAUCUGCUACUCCCAGGGGGGCCUGGUGUGCCGGGCACUCCUGUCUGUGAUGGAUGAACACAAUGUGGAUUCUUUCAUCUCUCUCUCCUCUCCACAGAUGGGACAGUAUGGAGACACAAACUAUUUGAAGUGGCUGUUCCCCACCUCCAUGAGGUCUAACCUCUACCGGAUCUGCUACAGCCCGUGGGGCCAGGAAUUCUCCAUCUGCAACUACUGGCAUGACCCCCACCAUGAUGACUUGUACCUCAAUGCCAGCAGCUUCCUGGCCCUGAUCAAUGGGGAAAGAGACCAUCCCAAUGCCACUGCUUGGCGGAAGAACUUUCUGCGUUUGGGCCGCCUGGUGCUGAUUGGGGGCCCUGAUGAUGGUGUCAUUACUCCCUGGCAGUCCAGCUUCUUUGGUUUCUAUGAUGCAAACGAGACAGUCUUGGAGAUGGAGAAGCAACUGGUUUAUCUGCGGGACUCUUUUGGGUUGAAGACUCUCCUGGCCCGGGGGGCCAUAGUGAGGUGUCCAAUGGCUGGGAUUGCCCACACGGCCUGGCACUCCAACCGUACCCUUUAUGAGACCUGCAUUGAACCUUGGCUCUCCUGAGGGACCCCUCAGGAACUCCCCUCCCAGAGAUGGAAUGGAGCCUUGGAUGUCAGGCCUUGGUGUGCCUGUGACCGCCUCACUGGUCCCACACUGCCCCCACCAACCAAGGCUCCAGGACCCCUCCUCUGUGAAUGACACAUCCUGGUCUCCUCCAUCUCGUGUCCUCCCUUUUGGGGGUUGCUCCAUGCUCUCCCAUGCCCCCCAAGGCCAAGGCCAAGGCCAAGGCCAAGGCCAAGGCUGGGAAGUGGGAAACAAGAUUAACUUGUGGCUGCUCCUAUUGCUGCUGCUCCUCUGUCUCUGGCUCUACAGAAGGAGAACCCAGCCCCUGCCCACCACAGGGUCUCCUUCCAAGCCACUCAGGACAUUUUUAGCUUGUUUUUCCCACGUUCCCUUUUCCUCUGAACUCCCCUGUUGUGAGCCCUCCCAACCCGCCAGGAAGGACCACCUAUGAGAGUGGGGUUCUGAGGCUCCACUAUGGGGACAGUUCCGUUCUUGAAGUGUCAAUGUUGGGGAAUAUCUGUGGCCUGUGAGGCCCAUCUCAGGUUUGGGGAUCCCCCAGUCCCUAUAUUCAGUAUUGGGGUGCCCUCUGGGAGCCUAGUUUCUUUGAGGCUCCAGCCCCUCUUUUAGCUACCCUUGAAUGGGUGUGUUACUACCCCUGUAUUUAUGAAAAUAAAGUUCCAUUUACUCAG